UACACUCAUGUUCCCCGAGCUCUAGAAAAAACACCUCCAACUCCUUCAAUGUUUAAACCCCACAAUUAAACCGGAUUGGGUUGACAAAAGCCGACAAAAGGCGCUUUCGUAAUUUUUUGCGCACCAAUCCCAUAGAAAGCAAUAACGGAAUACAAGGGGACAGACCGAUUCAGUCAAUACUUCAAUACUGUUAUGAAGCGAGAAUGAGUAGCGCAGAAGACAGCGGGAGCAAGUGCUCGUCGGGCCCGAUUUCCAGCUUUACUAUUCAAUCUAUUUUAGGCACACCAUCCGAUGAGCCGCGCUCCGGGACCAAGGAGCUCUCCAAGGGGCCGCCACCAGCGCCGCGGAGGCGCUCACUGUCGGUGUCCUCCGAGGAGGAGUGCAGCGGCGGGGAGGACUCAGCAGACUGUUUCUGCUCCGACACGGGUCACAGCGAGCCGUGCACCCAGCACCAAGCCCAUAACUUUUCCUGUUUAGGUCCCGCUAAAGGACUUCUGUCUGGAAAUGAUGGGCUCGCACGGCGGCCGCACCUGUCACAGCCUCUGCUGCAGGAUUAUAAGGAGGAGCAGGAGAGACCGUGCCAUCAAAUGUCACCUCUGUCGGAGGACAGACAAACAGACGGUGCGGACAAGCAGGGCAGCUCGGCCAAGAAGAAGACGCGCACGGUUUUCUCCCGGAGUCAGGUGUACCAGCUGGAGUCCACCUUCGACAUGAAGAGGUACCUGAGCAGCUCGGAGCGGGCCUGCUUAGCCUCCAGCCUCCAGCUGACGGAGACUCAAGUCAAGACGUGGUUUCAGAACAGGAGGAACAAAUGGAAACGACAGCUUUCAGCUGAACUGGAGGCGGCCAACAUGGCCCACGCCUCCGCACAGACACUAGUAGGGAUGCCGCUGGUUUUCAGAGAUAACUCCUUACUGCGCGUUCCCGUUCCUAGGUCUAUCGCUUUUCCGACGCCCCUGUACUACCCGGGAAGCAACCUGCCAGCGUUACCUUUAUACAACCUGUAUAACAAAAUCGAGUACUGAUUGACUCUACUGUAUGUUCACUGCAGACCAUGUAAAGAAAAGAAAAAAAAAACGCAUUACAAAAAUAUACGACAUUCUAGGUGUCUCAUAACCCCUGUAUAUUAAUUGUAUCACUUUUCUGUUGAGAAAACUCUUAUUAUGCAGCCAUUGUAUGUCUCACAAGAAAGCAAUCAAGCUUCCCUAUAUGUAUAAAAUACACCAUGUGUAUAAUUAAUUAUAACAAUUUUGUAUUUUUAUUUUAACUUCCUUCUUCUUUAAGUGAUAAACUAUUGGAUUUAAUCCUUCAUAUCACAUUUGAGAAAAAGAUGUUUCAAAAGGAC